AUAAAUAACUAAAUUAACAUUAUUGUAAAUAGAAAAUAAGAAUUUAAUAAAUCAAAUAUUAAAGAUGAUUGGAAAAAAGGAAAAAUCUCAAAUUUUGAAUAUUUAAUGUAAAUUAAUUCCUAUAGUGGAAGAUCUUUUAAUGAUUUAGGUUAAUACCCAGUAUUUCCUUGGGUUUUGUCAAAUUAUAAAUCAGAAUAAUUAGAUUUGGAAAAUGAAAACUUUUAUAGAAAAUUAAAUAUUCCUAUCGGAGCUAUAAAUAGAGAAAGAUUUGUAAAUCAUUAUUUAUAAAGAUUUAAAAAUUCGACCCCUUUUGAUAAAGAAACUUAUUUUAUGUAUGGUACUCAUUAUUCUAAUCCUACUAUUGUAUUGACUUUAUUAAUGAGGAUGGAACCUUUUGCUGGACUUCAUUUUAAAUAAUAGGCUAAUAAAUUUGAUAAAGCUGAUAGGCUUUUUCAUUCUAUAUAGGAAUUAUGGGAUUCAUGUUAAAAUAAUUCUGCAGAUGUUAAAGAACUUUUACCAGAAUUUUAUUAUUUACCUGAUUUUUUAUAUAAUAUAAAUGACCUUUUUUUGGGAAAAAAAUAAGAUAAUACUUAGGUAGAUUAAGUUAUUUUACCAGAAUGGAUUUAAAAAUCAACUAAUACUCCUGAAGAAUUUAUAUUUAGAAUGAGAUAAGCUUUAGAAUCGCCCUAUGUUUCUUUAAAUUUGCAUUAUUGGAUUGACCUUAUUUUCGGAAGUAAAUAAAGUGGAUAAAAAUCUAUAUAAUUUGAAAAUGUUUUUCAUCCUUCUUCUUAUGAUUAAAAUUUAAAUUUAGAUGGAAUGAAUGAAUCAUUUAUUUUAGCUGAAAAAGCAAAAAUUUAAUUUUUUGGAUAAGUUCCUUAUAAAUUAUUUGAUGAAGAUUAAAAGCCAAAAGAUGAAAAUUACAAUUGGCCUAAAAUUACCGAAUUCGAAUUUUAUUCAAAACUGGAUAUCAAAUAUGAAUCUUUAAAAUGUGAAUUUAGUUUAGAUGAUGUAAUAUUAACUGAUAAAUUUCAUUGUAUAGAUAUUUGUUAAGAUUUCUUAGUUUGUGGUUCAAAAGAUUGUAGAGUUUCUAUUUCUACAAUAGAAAUAAAGAAAAAUAAUAUUCUGGGACCUGAAUUAGAAUUAAAUUCAACUAAAAUGCUUUAUGGACAUCAUAAUGAAGUAACAGCUGUGAAAAUAAAUAAAUCUCUUUAAAUAAUAGUUUCUAUAGAUUUAGAUGGUUUAAAACAUAUAUUUUAUACGGAACUUCAAGAUAAUGAAUUUAUAUAAUUUUUAGAAAUACAUGAAAUGGGAUAUAUUUUAAUAGUUACUUGUUUAAAAAGAUUAAUUAUAUUUACAUUGAAUGGGAAUAAAUUUCUUGAAAUAAACCUUUCUUAAAUAUUUUUAGAAGUAAAUGAAAAUAUUACUGGUAUUACAUUUUUAUCUAAUAUUUGUAGUUAUAUUUAUAUUGGAACAUGCCUUGGAUCUAUUUAUUAUUUUGACUUUUUUGAAGUUAAAGCUAAAAUUACUGUUAAAUACAUCUUUUAUAAAACUAUAAAAUAUAAAGCUAUUUUAUAAUAAAAAUGA